GUCGGGGCCGUCAGUCUGCGGCUGCCGGCGCUGCUGGGCGAGGUCAGGGAAAGUCCAUGUGAGGAGCGGCUGGAAUCACUUCCUGCCGCCGGGACCGCGCUCCGCCGCCCUAGGCCCGGCAGCCUCCAUGGGCCGGCACCGCAGAUGUGCCCUGCUUUGGAUAUUCCUGCAUUGAAUGUCUGAGGAGCUCCAGCCGACCCUGAGCCAUGUCGCAGAUGUUGCACAUAGAGAUUCCCAACUUUGGGAACACCGUUCUGGGCUGCCUGAACGAGCAGCGGCUGCUGGGACUCUACUGCGAUGUCUCCAUCGUGGUGAAGGGCCAAGCCUUCAAAGCUCACCGGGCGGUCCUGGCUGCCAGCAGCCUCUACUUCCGAGACUUGUUCAGUGGGAACAGCAAAAACGCCUUUGAGCUGCCGGGCACCGUCCCCCCGGCUUGCUUCCAGCAGAUCCUCUCCUUCUGCUACACCGGGAAGCUGACCAUGGCGGCGAGCGAGCAGCUGGUGGUGAUGUACACGGCCGGCUUCCUGCAGAUCCAGCACAUCGUGGAGAAAGGGACGGACUUGAUGUUCAAGGUCAGCUCUCCUCACUGUGACUCUCAGACCACCAUGAUCGAAGACCCCAGCUCGGAGCCCCAGAGUCCCUGCAACCAGCUGCAGUCGGCCUCGGCGCCCUACGUCAUGUCCCCCUCCAUGCCCAUCCCGCUCCUCACCCGCGUCAAACACGAGAACCUGGAGCUGCAGGCAGCGGCCCUGCCCGGCCUGCCCGGCAAGCGGCCCCUGGAGCCCGGAGCCCGGGAGGGGACGGGCGGCACCGGCCCCAACGCCGCCCCCCUGAAGCUCUCCCGCGUCUCCUACUACGGGAUGCCCAACCUGGCCACCCUCAUCCCCAACGUCCAGCAGGUCCAGUACUCACAGGGGGAGCGGACAAGCCCCGGUGCCAGCAGCAUUCCCACCACUGACAGCCCCACCUCCUACCACAACGAGGAGGAUGAGGAGGACGACGAGGCGUACGACACCAUGGUGGAGGAGCAGUAUGGGCAGAUGUACAUCAAGUCCUCGGGAAACUACUCUGUUGCUCAAGAGAAGCCAGAGCAGAUCCCCCUGGAGAACCGCUCCUGUGUCCUCAUCCGAAGGGAUCUGGUUGCCCUCCCAGCCAGUCUGAUCAGUCAGAUUGGGUACCGUUGCCACCCAAAACUCUACUCAGAGGGAGAUCCUGGGGAAAAACUUGAGCUCGUUGCAGGCUCAGGUGUUUACAUCACCCGGGGGCAGCUGAUGAAUUGCCACUUAUGUGCUGGUGUCAAACACAAAGUCCUUCUGAGACGUCUCCUGGCUACCUUCUUUGAUCGGAACACGCUUGCCAACAGCUGUGGAACUGGAAUCCGGUCCUCCACGAGUGAUCCCAGCAGGAAGCCCCUGGACAGCAGAGUUCUGAAUGCAGUCAAAUUGUAUUGUCAGAAUUUUGCCCCGAGCUUUAAGGAAAGCGAGAUGAAUGUCAUAGCAGCCGACAUGUGCACCAACGCCCGCCGCGUCCGCAAGCGCUGGCUGCCCAAGAUCAAGUCCAUGCUGCCAGAAGGGAUGGAGAUGUACCGCACGGUCAUGGGCUCCACCACAAACAGUGUCCCCCUGGAUCCUGAAUUCCAACCCAACACUGCUCAGGUCUUUGAGCAGCGAAUCUAUGCAGAAAGGAGAAGCGAUUCGGGAACUAUAGUAGCCUUGAGAACUAACACGGUGAACGUGGAGCUGAGCAAUGGGUCCAGCCAGUCCUUCGAACACAGCGAGGAGGCUGAAGGGGCAGGCUCAGUGAUCCAGGAGGCAGCUGCCACGGAUGCUCUGGCAUCGGAUACCCAAAGCACUCCCCAACCUUUUGAACAAGGUUCGGGCUCCUCCAGCCGGCCCGAAACUCCUGUGAGAAGACAAGAUGGUACUUAUGGAGGGACUUUAUAAAGAGAGCAAAUGUUUCGUGACCUAUAAGGGAUCUGUAAUACUAAAGCUGCUUGCAUGCGUUACUAAUACAAAACAAACAAACAAAAAAAAAAUGUGAUCAAGCCACUUACCUACUGAACUGCUACUGUUGCCUGAAAAAAAUGUGAUUUUUAUUCUGCUUGUAUUUAAAAUUUAUGAAGGAAAUAAUCGCAUUCGUUAUACUGUAAACGACUAGGUCUGUGGCGACCUACUUAAAAAAACAAAAAAAUUGGGCUCCUUUUUUGAUAUUCCUGAGGUUAGUCUAUAAGAUUGUAGCUUUUUCUUUUUCUUUUUCUUUUUUUUCCUUUCUCUUUUUUCUUUUUCCUUUUAAGAAGGGGAGGAGAAAAGCUAGCCACCACCCCCCCCCAAACCACCAUCCUCCCAUCACCACCCCAUCCAUUACUCAGCUCAGAAGUAAAGCCAUCGUUAACCUUGUCCUCUAAAGAAAGUUUUACUGUCACUUAACAGGAAAGCAGAGGUGUGUUAGGGUACAGGUGCUGUGACUGGCAAUGUUUGUCUCGAGCAGAAGGGCUCUGGCCAAGUGGGACAGGGUGGGGGGGAUUGUUACAGGCUUCUGGAGCCCCUUGCUGUGGGGCAGGGUGCUAUGGGGCAGGAUGCAGUGGGGCAGGGUGCUGCAGAGCAGGGUGCUAUGGGGCAGGGUGCUGCAGAGCAGGGUGCAGUGGUGUCCAGCUGGCGCUGGGGGCUCGGUGCAGUUGUCUUGGGGAGUUUUUUCCAGUUCCCCAGAGCAGGGAUGGUUCCACAGGAGCUGAGGCUUACAGGUGUCAGGAGGGCUGCAUGGGAUGCAGGUGGAAGGCCUGGCUGCUGGAGUGGUUGUUGUCGAGUGGUUUUUUGUUUGGUUGGUUUUUUUUUUCCCAGCACAGCUGGUUUUGGAUUCCCUCUCCAUCCCAGCAACUCCUUUCCCUUGGCUUCUCCUCGCUUGCAGCUUCACAUCCCCCAUUUUUAGGUGAAUGGGCUCACAUCACCCCACUGCACCCCAUCCCUGUGGGCAGGCAGAUGGGCUGAGACCCACGGCCACUUUCUGGGGGAGGAAUUGUCCCCUCAGCCACCUGCAAAGGGUUUUGUAGCCACAUCUGAGCACGGGAAAUUCAUUGUUCUUGUCCACAGAGCUCCUGGCAUCAGUUCCCAGGGGCAUCCUCACAGGAGGCAGAAGGUGCUGCAGCCACCAGUGAGAGGCUGAACACCCCCCUCCACCCCAGGCAGCCAGGCUCUCACUUGGUAAUAAUUUGGAGUGUAUUGGGUGCAGAAAGGUUUAAAAAAUUUAACAAAAUGAUCUUUGUGCCCUUUUGCAAAGCGGUUUUGCAGAGGAGGAAGUGUUUUGCCUCUUGCUCACCCUCUAGACAGGCACUCCUGGAGAAAGUCCAAUAUGACAUUUUGGGGGUUUUUUUGGGGGUGAAACCUGCUGUCCCCAGGCUGUGCUCUGGCUUUGGUGGCCUCAGGCAGGGGGAUGCCAGGGCCGGGCUGGGAGAUGCUGGGGCUGGGAUGCCCCAAGGGAUGUGGCAGUGAUGUGAAAGCCAAGUGUGGCAUUUUUAUUUUUAUUUUUGGUUCUUAUUUUCACUGUGACUGGACAGCCUGCUGAAGUGGUCUUUACAGCUUGUUCUUGAAAAAGCUUGUGACUAUGAACAAGUGCAAGGUGCACAGAGUCACUGCUGAAGGCUGCCCUGCCUGGCUUUUCUUUCCUGCCUUGGUUCCUGGAUCCAGACAUUGCUUUGCUCAGGGUUUUCUUCCUUCUUUGCAUUUCCAUUGGGAAAAGGGGAGGGGGCAGAGGAUAAGCCCAACUUUUGGCCUUUUGUUUUGUUUUCUUCCAUACUUGAAGCAGGGUUUUUUUUGCAUCCUGAUGACAAAGCUGUCCAGUGCUUUGCCUCUUCCACUGCUCCUUGCCUUGAGAGAAAAGAAAAUCAACAAUAUUGGGUGGUUUCUGCCUCACAUCUUGCUCUGCUCUUGAUUUUAUUUUUUGUGUGUGUGUGGCUUGGGUGCACUGAGAUUCCCCAUCCUGGGUGCCCUGAUAGGGAGUGGGGGGGCUCAUGGUGCCCCUCCAUGCUGCAGGGGAAUGGGGUGAGCACAGCCCAGGGCUCCACUUGCACUUUGCCCCCCUCAGCAAACAAAACUUGGGCUCUCAGCAAAGCCUGGAACCCCUGCAGCUCACCCUGCAGCACCAGGGGAGGGGGACAAACCUGAGCAGGGGGGGGGACAGAGAGCUGGGCUCGGGGUGAGCUUUGUCCCCAAGGCAUCCCUGAGGUGAUGGAGAGAGCCUCUUCCUGGGGGUGUCCUGUGUCCCCAUCCCCUGGCUGCUGGGGUCCAGCACUGGGGCAGCAGGGAUGGGAUGGAGGGGUCUGUUUUGCUUGAGGACCCCCCCACUCCAGACCUUCCCCAUCUCCUCCCCAGAAGUUUGGGUUUGCCAAAAGUUUGAGGCAAACUGGGAAGCGGCUCCGGAGAUGAAAAGUCCUUUCUGUGUGUGUCUGUGUGCAUAUAGAGGUAGAUAGAUUUAUUUUAAAGAUAUUGCAAAGGAUUCCUCCUCCUUUUUGGCACUUGCUGGGGUUUGGGGAGCAGCAGAACCCCCCCCUUGGGGGUUUACAGUUGGCUUUAGGGAUUAAUUCUGGACCAAACCCACGCCCAAAGCGAGGGCCCGGCCGGCGGGGCCACCGGGGCAGCAGCAGAAGUACUUGAAUGGUUUAGGACAGAGAGUCUGAAGAGAGUCAAGUUGCACAGUGAAAAUAUAUAUAUUUUUAUACCUAGCACAACUUCCUGUAUAUUUUUGGGUUGUUUUUUUUCUUUCUUUCUUUUUUUUCUUUUUUUUUUUUUUUUUUUCUGAUUUGGGUUUAUUUUAUUAUUAUUAUUAUUAUUAGGAAGGCAACCUUCUAAAAUGUGAAGGGCGUUGGGUUUUGUUUUGUUUUGUUUUUCCUUAUCUGGUAGAUGAGGGCAAGCAUUUUGCACUAAUGUUUCCUGUGUGUGGAGGAUUAAUGAUAUGUUUGAAAAUGUUAUAUGGGAAUGAUUGUAUUCUUCUGAAAAAAAAAA